AUGUCGUCCAUGAACGCUCGCUUCAAAAAUCUCGUAAGCGGCUCGAGACGGCGAUCUUCCAACAACGUUGCGGCCCAAAACACCACGCCGACCCCGCCCCCGGGCAGCACCAGCUCGCUAUCUCCGCCAUCCAACGCCAGCUCGUCCAACACCUCGCUCCCGAUGAAUCCCAACAAUCCGCUGGGCCGCCCGCCCUCGUACACCUACGCGCCGCCCGGUCAGCACUUGGCUGCCGGCACCCACCCGCCGCGCACCUCGAGUCCGAUGCCGCCCCCACCCAUCAACACCGCCCAAGGCCAUUACCCGCCCCAGGGCCAGAUGUAUGGCCAGCCGCCGCCUGCCGGGCCGCCGGGAUACCCUCCGCAGGCCCAGCAGCCAAGCUACGGUGGAUACGGGAACCCGCCGCCGGCAGGCCCACAGGCGUACGCCCGUCCGCAGGCCGUAGAGGUUGAGGGUGCGGGACGGAGCAAGGCCCAGUUGAUCGUCGGCAUUGAUUUUGGCACUACGUUUUCUGGCGUCGCCUUCGCUUUCGCUACCAACACCGAGGCAAAGGAAGACAUCAUCACUGAAUGGCCCGGCGCAGGAAACCAGACAAAGCAAAAGAUUCCCACCGUGCUCUAUUAUGACCAGUAUCAGAAGGUCGUAGGGUGGGGGCCAGACAUUGCCGACGCUUUGGCCCCCACUGGCUACCCUAAGCCCGGUGUGCAGAAGGUGGAGUGGUUCAAGCUUCAGCUGAUGCUCUCGGGCAACACCUACAUUGAUCCAAUCAAUUUGCCGCCGCUUCCGCCUGGAAAGUCUGAGAUCGAUGUUGCGGCCGACUACCUUUUCCACCUGCGCCAGGCGAUGCGCAACCAGCUGCAAAAGACGCUCGGCGAAGUCUUCAAUCGCGAGGAGCGCAACAUCCGCUACUACCUCACUGUGCCUGCCAUCUGGAAUGAUGCCGGCAAAGCUGCGACGAGGGCAGCCGCGAUUCAGGCCGGCUUCCUCCGGGAUGAGAACGACAACAGGCUGACGCUCAUCACUGAACCUGAGGCGGCAGCAAUGUUCUGCUCCAAAACCGGUUUGUUGAACCUCAAGGUGCAUGACGCAGUCUUGAUUGUCGACUGCGGUGGCGGUACUGUCGAUUUGAUCGCCUACGAGGUUGAGGAGGAGCAGCCUUUCUCUGUCGCGGAGUGCACGGCAGGCUCGGGCGACUCUUGCGGCUCCACGGCGCUAAACCGGAACUUCAGCAACAUUCUUCGCGCCAAGAUUAGGAAGAUGAAGCUUCCCGAUGGCUCCAAAACAGCAGGCAAGGUGUACGCCAAAUGCAUCAUGGACUUCGAGAACAGAAUCAAGGCAGAUUUCAGAAACAACGGUCAAAAAUGGGCUGUUGAUGUCGGUAUCGAGGCCGAGUUCCCCGAGGCUGGUAUUGAGGAGGGCUACAUGACAUUCACGAACGAGGAGAUUCUGCAGUGCUUCGAGCCUGUGGUAAACAGAAUUCUGGAGCUGGUGCGGAACCAGAUCAUCGCGAUCCAGGCGCAAAACAGGAACCUUCAGAACGUGCUCGUCGUCGGCGGUUUUGGUGCAUCGGAGUAUCUUUUCCAGCAGAUCAAGCUCCACGUACCUCCACAGUUCCAAUCCAAGGUCGUGCGUCCUAUGGACUCGGUGGCUGCCAUCGUCAAAGGUGCAGUCACCGCUGGUAUCACCGAGCGCAUCAUCACGCACCGUGUCGCUCGAAGACACUACCUCAUGGCAACCCUACAGCCGUUCAAAGAGGGUCACCAUCCAGAGCAGUACCGUGUUCCUUCGCUCGAUGGCAAGGAUCGUUGCAAAUUUACUCGCCAAAUAUUCGUCCAGAAAGGCCAGCGAGUUAAGAUCGGCGAACCCGUCAAGGUUUCUUUCUUCCGGCAGGUGGCUCCUGGCGCAACCUUGAUGUACGAGGAUAUUCUUUACGCUUGCGACGACGACGUCUGCCCGGAGUACACCAAAGAUCCCCGCAUCAAGGAAGUCGUCACGCUUACCUCGGAUCUGUCACGCAAGAAUCUGGAAAAGGACUUCGAGCGGAUGGACACGCCACAAGGCACAUUCUACCGCGUGUACUUCGAUAUCUAUCUCACGCUGGAUGGCAGUGAGUUCAAUGCUGAACUGGUCUGCCAGGGUGAGGUCAUGGGCAGAUGCACUGCGAAGUUCAGAUGA